GUAGUUGUGCGGCCAGGCCGCGAGCCGUGCGUCUUUUCCGGUCGGCGUGGUGUGAGAGUGACGCGACUGCGGCGCGGGGUCCGGCACUAUGAGUGUCCCGGCCUUCAUCGACAUCAGCGAGGAGGACCAGGCUGCAGAGCUGCGUGCCUACCUCAAGUCCAAAGGAGCUGAAAUCUCAGAAGAGAACUCAGAAGGUGGGCUUCAUGUGGACCUAGCUCAGAUUAUUGAAGCCUGUGAUGUAUGUCUGAAGGAAGAUGAUAAAGAUGUGGAAAGUGUGAUGAACAGUGUGGUCUCCCUGCUCUUGAUCCUCGAACCAGACAAGCAGGAGGCACUGAUCGAAAGCCUGUGUGAGAAGCUGGUCAAGUUCCGGGAAGGCGAGCGUCCGUCUCUGAGACUGCAGCUGCUCAGUAACCUUUUCCAUGGGAUGGAUAAGAACACCCCAGUGAGAUACGCAGUGUACUGCAGCCUUGUUAGAGUGGCGGCGUCCUGCGGGGCCAUCCAGUACGUCCCCACGGAGCUGGACCAGGUGAGAAAAUGGAUUUCUGACUGGAAUCUCACCACUGAAAAGAAACACACCCUUUUACGGCUACUUUAUGAGGCACUCGUGGAUUGUAAAAAAAGUGAUGCUGCUUCAAAAGUCAUGGUGGAAUUGCUUGGAAGUUACACGGAGGACAACGCUUCUCAGGCACGCGUCGAUGCCCACAGGUGCAUUGUACGAGCAUUGAAAGACCCAAAUGCAUUUCUUUUUGACCAUCUUCUUACUUUAAAGCCAGUCAAGUUUCUGGAAGGCGAGCUUAUUCAUGAUCUUUUAACCAUUUUUGUGAGUGCUAAAUUGGCAUCAUAUGUCAAGUUUUAUCAGAAUAACAAAGACUUCAUUGAUUCACUUGGCCUCAUACAUGAGCAGAACAUGGCAAAGAUGAGACUGCUCACUUUUAUGGGAAUGGCAGUGGAGAACAAAGAGAUUUCCUUUGAUACCAUGCAGCAAGAACUUCAGAUUGGAGCUGAUGAUGUAGAAGCCUUUGUGAUUGAUGCGGUAAGAACAAAAAUGGUCUACUGCAAAAUUGAUCAGACCCAGAGAAAAGUAGUUGUCAGUCAUAGCACACAUCGGACAUUCGGAAAACAGCAGUGGCAGCAACUGUAUGACACACUUAAUGCCUGGAAACAAAACUUGAACAAAGUGAAAAACAGCCUUUUGAGUCUUUCUGAUACCUGAAUUUUUAUGCAUAUAAUUUUGUUCUUUCUUGGGAAAAAAAUUUUAAAUAAUAGUAAAACGUUACAAACUAAAAA